GGUGUCCCGUACGGCGUGGCUGCUCCAAUAGGGACGGCCGGGGGGCGGGGGUUUUUCCUUCGCAGCUGGUAGAGGGGGCGAUGCGGAGCGGGAGACGGAGGCAGCAGGCGCCGGGCUGCGCGGCCCGAGCAGAGCUGUCUGGGGCACAGAAGAAGAAGCAGAAGCAGCUGCUGAUUCACCAGGCCCUCACGAGAGACCCUGUGGACGUGGAGAGCCUCCGGGCGGCAGCCUUCAGCCAGGGGGGGCUCCUGACCGAUGAAAUCCGCAGGAAGGUCUGGCCCAAACUGCUGGGCGUGAACGUCUACAGCCUCCAGCCCAAGCCAGGCCGAGAAGUGCGCCAGAACCACAAGGAUUAUCACCAGGUCCUCCUGGAUGUGCGUCGCUCCACCCGCCGUUUCCCCCCAGGCAUGCCCGAGGAGCAGCGCCAGAUCCUGCAGGAGCAGCUGACGGACCUCAUCCUGCAUGUCCUGAGGGCUCGUCCUGAGCUGCACUACUACCAGGGGUACCACGACAUUGCCGUGACGCUGCUGCUGGUCUCGGGCGAGCGCAUGGCCGUUGCUCUGCUGGAGCGCCUCUCCACGCUCCACCUCCGGGACUUCAUGGACCCCACCAUGGACAGCACCAAGCACAUCCUCAACUACCUCAUGCCCAUCCUGCAGCGGGAGAGCCCUCGCCUCCAUGACUUCAUGCAGAGAGCUGAGGUGGGGACGAUCUUCGCCCUGAGCUGGCUGAUCACCUGGUACGGCCACGUCCUCGCCAAUGUCCACCACGUCUUGCGCCUUUAUGACUUCUUCCUGGCCUCCCACCCGCUCAUGGCUGUCUACUUUGCUGCUGCGAUUGUCCUCUACCGCGAAGACGAGGUCCUGGCCUGUGAGUGCGACAUGCCCAGCGUCCACCAGCUCCUCUCCCAGAUUCCUCAGGACCUGCCGUAUGAGGCCCUCGUCAGCCAAGCCCAGCAGCUCUUCCAGCGCCUCCCGCCCAGGGAGCUGGCCAAGGAGGCAGCCCUUCAGCUCCACAAGAGCAUCGCCAUCGGCUCUUUCUCAGAGUUCCAGCAGGCUGCCUCGUGCCAGCGCCCAGAUGCCAUCCUUCGCCAGCAGCAGCAGCACUUGACACCCCACAAAGCAGAGGCGGAGGGGCUUCUCCCCCCGGCAGAACACAGCCCCUUGGUGAAGGCAGCCGUCUGGGGCCUCACCGCCACGCUGGGGGCAGCUGCUCUGGCAGUCACACAGACUGCCCUGGAUUGGGCCCCUGAAUUCCUCCUGCAGCUCUUCUAGCAAGACUCUGCAAUAGGCAACCUGGUCUGCUGCAAAGACUCCCGAUUCCAUUCUGCAGGGUGAGGGUUAGCCAAGACACAGCCAGUGGACAAUCAGUGCUGCUACCAGGAGCAAAAAAUGGCAGCCAAGUGCAUGGACUGGCAGGAGGCGCCCACCUCCCACAGAGAAGCGGAGCAUUUCUUCCAGGGAAUGGGGCUUGCUGCUCCAGCCUCCCUCAACUCGCCUGUGUGUGUGUUGGGGGGGCGUGUAUCUCCAUGGGUGGCAAGCGGUUUGGUGCUUCUCUCUGAACAUUGUCGGGAAUUAUCAGAGUUUCCCUACCAAAGUCUGUCUUCAGGUGAGCAUCUCACUCAGGGUCAAUCCCACUUGCCUCCGGCUAGGCAGAGAAGCCCACGAACCUCUGGCCAGUGCAAGAUGCAGAGUGGCCAGUCUGUGUUUGUCUGUGAGACGCAGAGCAAACAGGCACUAGCAAGGAGAGAUCCUCUUCCUGGGGAGAAGGAUCCGGCCCCACUUGAAGAGGCCCUGCAUCUCCUUCCACCCUCCUGGAGUUGCAUCAACCUGAAGGUUCUCUUUCCAGCUGCUUCAGAGCCGAGGGCCCUUCAGCCAGCAGAGCGGAGCUGUCAUCAUGGCCCUUCCUGGCUCCUCGUGUUUCCUUCCCUGCUUGCCAGGUGGAGCUCCAAAGACUCCCCAGACCUGGCCCUUUUGCCCUCAAGGCCAAACAUGCAGACUUCAAGUUUCCCCAGGAGGCUGCCUCUCCCUGGCUCCUCGGGGCUGGAGACCUCCCUGUUCCACCCCGCACUUGUGGUGUGGCUUAUGAUGCAGCAGGACUAGCUGAUAGACAAGUCUUGGAAGAGCAGAAGCUCUGAGUUUGCUAAACCGAUUAGAAGCUGCAAGUGAAAACCCGAGUGAUCCAUCGUCAUCUGAGCUGCUGAACUAAAAUCUCCGCCCUCCAUCUCAACGUCUUCUGAAAUUGGUGCACAUUAUGGGGAAGCCUGGGGGUCUGCCCUCCCAUGACCUGCCUUAGAGCAGAGAUUCUCAUACGUGGGUCCCCAGGUGUUGUUGGACUUCAACUCCCAGCAUCCCCAGCCACAGUGCUCUUCAGCCAUUGUAGCUGGGGGUGAUGGGAGUUGAAGUCCAACACCAACUGGAGCCCUUGCCAUAAAGGCAAUAAAACCCAAGACUGUUCGGUUCAAGGGUCAAAAGUAAGAGGAAGCUUCCGUAGAGAAAAUAAAUACCUUUUUGACCUAUUCCUGCAUCUGUGUGUGUGUGACUAGUCCUUAGACUUCUUGAGUCCCUCUCUUCCUUGGGAACAGACACCAGGAGUUUUCCAGGAGUGGGUCAUCAUGGCAGACACGUUAUGAGAUGGCAGGGCUUUGCUGCAGGGGAAGAGGGUAGCCUUACUGAGCUCGGCAACCUCACCUUUUCUAAGAAGUCUCAACCAUGGAUUCCUAGACGUUGUUGGACUACCAACUUACAACCUCCAGGGAUCCAAAACAAACAAUGGACAAGUAAUGAAAUGCAAAUACCAAAAAAAUAGUGAUGAGAAAUAAAAAAUAGUUCAAAAAUCAACAGUUCAAAAAUCGCAUAUAGGAAUACCAAUGGAUU